AUGAGUGAUGGGGAGAGCGAUGACGGCAAGCGAUCGUCCAAGAAGCGGAAGGCUAGCCGCGCUUGUGACCGCUGUAACUCGCAGCACCAGCCGUGUGACAAUGCCACCCCCAAGUGCAGCGUUUGUGUGCGCGCGGGGACCGACUGUACCUACAACCGCCCGGUACGCAAGAGAGGGCCGAGGAGUGGAUAUACCGGCCAGAACGGAGAACGGCUCUGGGCUGUAGUCCUUCAAGCGAAGCCGGAACUCGAAGACCUCGUGCUGCAAGUACUGCGUGGCGGCACAUACCGUGACACGGGCGUCUCCAACUUGGACUUCUACAGAAACAACGACAACCAGACCGAGCUUGUCAACAGCUUCAACGAGAGUCGGCUAGGUCGCUUUCUGCAGAAUGGAGAAUCACCUGACUUGCUCCUGCCGCCUGUGGACAACGAGGUCCCGGCGGUCCCCUGCCAUGGGCAUGGGGGCAGUGAAGCAGCGUUCGGCCAGCCCACGAAUGCUGUUCAUCAACCACAGUCAACUAGCUACGCGCUUAAUGGCCAGAACAAAUCCAUGUCACCGGUAUCUGCGCCGCAUUCUGGUAUCGUCAAUCCUCACGGUGCCCCCCAACAUCCUGGUGAUAUAUACCUUCAAAGCGAAGACAUACGGAGAGGUGUCUUCAGCCAGCCACAGGGACAGGGCUAUGGUUACGAAUCAUCUGCUUCUCAACGAAUGCCCCACGAUAGGGCCGUAGAUCGUUCUUCCGUCCUGACCGUACCCCAAAGUGCUGCAUUUGGUUCGAAUGGUUCCAUAGAGGAGUACGGGGAGCAAGGGCAUCGGAUCGUUGACUACAGGAUACCUGAGAGAAGGAGUAGCUUCAAUUACUCUGCGGACGCACCGCAGCAAUCGUAUGAACCUAUCUUAGCCACUUCGAUACCCAUUGAACAACAGGCUUUCGACUUUGGCUUAGCCGACACCUCGCGAUGGCUUGAUUCGAUACCAACCGACACGUUACUCAACCUUGGUUUCAUUCCCGGUGAAGGAAUGGCCGAGGAUUUCUUGGAGCUCUGUGAGAAUCCCGAUCCCAUCGACUCGACUCCCGGCGCCUCAGCCGACCAACAUGAGGACGAGGAAGCGGUCUGGCGACGCUUAGUGAUGCGGGGAAGAUUUAUCUAG